AUGGCCGCUAUUACAGAAGACCUCCUGAGAAAAUGCGCUGAACACAAUGACUGCGAAAUUUUUAGUUUGGAAGAGGUUUCUCUGCAUCAAAGAAACAUUAAAAAAAUAGAGCACAUUGAUAGAUGGUGCAGAGACUUGAAAAUACUUUACCUUCACAGUAAUUUGAUAUCAAAAAUUGAAAAUUUAUCACGUUUGAAAAAAUUAGAAUACGUCAAUUUCACUUUGAACAAUAUAACACGAAUUGAAAAUCUGGAAGGUUGCGAAUCUCUGAGGAAAUUAGACUUCACUGCCAAUUUCAUCGGAGAGUUGACUUCAAUAGAGUCUCUACGGGACAACUAUCAGUUAGAGGAACUCUAUUUAACAGGUAAUCCUUGCACUGAGUUUGAAGGAUACCGCGAGUUUGUCAUAGCUACUCUGCCUCAACUUAUGAUUCUUGAUGGUGAAAAAAUCAAAAAGUCUGAAAGAAUUGUAGCGUUACAGAAAUAUAACAGAAUUCGAAGUGAAAUAUUAGAGCAGGAGAAACUUUUCUUGAAACAUAGGCAAUAUAACACUGAAGAUAUAAAAGAGGAAUUGGAAAAUAAUUGGGACGACCUCGAAAAAUGCGAUGAAGAGUCGCAAUCAAAUUUUUGGAAACAGCAAACGAAGAAUACUCCGCAGUCGCGCAUUGAAAUAUGCAAACAUAUGGAAAAAUCUAGGAAGAAGACUAACAGUGAAACCAAGAAGCCCAAAUUAGUCAGAAAGUUGAUAACUGAUGAUGGCAAAAUCCUUAAUGUAAAUGAACCUAAGUUGGAUUUUGAAUUUACAGAUGAUGAAGAGAACAAUUGCUACAAACUUGAUUUAGCAGUAUUCAGAUUUCUUGAUACGUCAUUGUUGGAAGUGGAUGUUCAACCAAAUUACGUUCGAGUGAAAGUAAAAGAGAAAUACUUUCAACUUCUUUUACCUGGUGAAGUGCACCCAGACAUGAGCACAUGUCUACGCUCUCAGACAACAGGGCAUUUAGUCAUUACCAUGCCAAAAGCAAGUGAUGUAUUAAUAGGAAGAAAAGGCUUGAAAAAUUCACACGACAAUCGCAACAAUCAAGAAAAGAAAAGGAAUAUUUCUGAGAAGCAUGAUCUCUGUGUGAAUAAUGAAGAAACUCAACAAAGCAUCAUGAGUUCUAUUGAUAAAAUCGUCGAUAUGGAAGCAAAUCAAAAUAAGAAGUUGAUUUCUUGUGUAAAAGAUCAAGAAGAAAUAUUUAUUGAUAAUCCAGAUGUUCCACCUCUGCUUUGA